CGGAGCGGAGGCGUUCAGGGACCGGCUGCCGUCCACAGCCACGGCGCUCUGUACAUGGGAAAAGAGGAGUUUGCCAACGCGACUCAGACAGACCUGCGAGUGGAGAGUAAAGCUGCUGAGAAGUUUCAUCUGUUCCUGCGAGAGAAGCUUUGAUCCGGUGCUUCCUCGGACGACCUCCGGGCCGCACAGUAAGGUUGCUAUGGUGAACAGCAGGGUGGAGGCACCCACAGUGGCAGUGAUGGGUGGUGGUGGUGGGGCGGCGGGCAGGUCGUGUGCAGGAUGUGGAGGUCGAAUCGCAGACCGCUUCCUGCUCUUCUCCAUGGAGCGUUACUGGCACACACGAUGCCUCAAGUGCUCCUGCUGCCACGCUCAGCUGGGGGAGUACAGCAGCACCUGCUACAGUAAAGGAGGCAUGAUCCUCUGCAAGAACGACUACAUCAGGCUGUUUGGACACAGUGGAGCCUGCAGUGCAUGUGGACAGUCUAUACCUGCUAGUGAGAUGGUAAUGCGAACACAAGGCAACGUUUACCACCUUAAGUGCUUCACCUGCGCGACCUGCAGGAACCGCCUGGUCCCUGGCGACCGCUUUCACUACAUCAAUGGGACCAUCUUCUGUGAACAUGACCGGCCGGGAGCAGGUCUCCUCAGUGGACAUCCAACUCCACUGCAGGCCAACAGCAUGAUGUCUGACCAGAAGGUCUGCUGAGGAAGAAGAUGGAAAACCAAAUGUGUGCCUUCUCCUCCACCUUUCUCCUCUGUCUCUUCUUCACCCUGCUCCUCUACCUGUAAAUCCUGUCAAUGGUUGACCACCCUCCUUUUGAUGGACUGUCACCACAGGCUGGAUGGCGUCAUUACUGCUACUGAUCCAGUGCUCUGCUGGAUGGUUGAGGAGACUGAGGAUGGUUGGAAUUAUAUAUUCAGUAGACUGUUGUGGGUUAUUAACUAUGGCAAUAUUUCUCAUAAGAAUUGGCAUGGCUGAUGGGGAAAUGGAAGACUGUCAUGGAAUUAUCCCAUUUGUAUGAUUCCAGUGGAAUCAUCUCUUACCUUUACUCAGCCAGCUAGUUAAAGUGGGCACUGAAUAAGGGGGGAACACUGACAGCAGUGUGAUUCCUGAAGGAGGUGAAAUAUAUUUCCAAAAUUACACUGACCACACUCAUAGUGUGUGGUUGAAAGAAAAAUGUAUGGAUCUCCUGAGUCAUGAUAUCAGCUGCUUCAGCUGCAUGUUUCCUUCCAAACCCAGAGAGACAGCUGAAUAAGAAAAUAUCUAUAUUGAUUUUUGAGACUAUUUCUGUGUGUGAUUCUCUAUGAAAUAUUCAACAUGUUAGUGUCUGGAUUGUUUACCAGUGUGUUGGGGAAGUGAUAGUUGCCCUCUGGUGGUAGCAUUCCUACCACAGACAGAAGUUACAAACGUUUUGUUCAAAGCUGAUAUCUCAGGCUAUAUUGCAGUAAUAAAGGAUCAUACCAGGUUUUUCUUUCCUGUUUUAGCCCAUUAACUACAAAUUGUGUACACGAUAGAUUCUCAAGUAGUGGUGGGGCCUUUAUUUACCCCAAUGAGAGAGAACCAUGCCUUUAUUAGAGACAGGCCCUUAUUUAUAAUUUCCCCUUUCCCCAGUAAAUACAAACUCAACACCUUCUCCAUCUUUGUAUUAUGUCUUGAUAAAUUCAGUAUUAUGUCAGUUUUCACAGCACACAUUGCACUUUGCCUUUUUCCCCAAACAAACAAAGAGAGGCUCAGAGUGCAGAGUGGUGAGGAUAACGUGGUUCUGUUUUACUAUGGAAUUAGUGCUGUGGAAAUACACAUUAUGCUGAAUCUACCAUGUGAGCUGUUAUAGUAGGCUACAGAUAAAUACACCCCUCUCAAUGUUUUUUUUACUGGGCAACUGGCCUUUAUUUGUUUUGUCUGGCCAUUAUUAAUUGAGACUUGUCAUUAUUUCAAUACUGGCUAUUAUAUGAUCAUUUACAGUACAAGUUAACAUUACUACCAAUAACUUUCAAAUUUCUGCCAUCAGAUUUGAGAUGGAUUUUUCAGUGUUUAGACAACAAUUUCAGAACAAUAAGAUCAACUGACAGAGAUGAAACUUGCAUGCUGUUGGUAAUUCAGCCUGCUAUAAUUUGCUAUCUUUCACUUCAGAUCAACAUGAACAUUUCAUACGCAAAUUUUGAAUAUGUCCAACACUUUGGUUUAUAACCAAAUACCUACAAAACUAAUGACACUCCCAUCAUCCUCAUUUUUACUGUGCAUUAGUGCUACAGUCAGUAGCAGGUAAGAAAAUGUUAGCAUGCUAACAAUUUAAACUAAAAUGGUGAACAUGGUAGACAUUAACUGUGUAACAUUAGGCUAUUGAAGGAAAAGUAUGGUUUAUUACAACUUGGAUGUCAUUUUUGUAGCUUUGGCCAUCGCCUCUAUCAGUUCGAAAAAACGGUGGUUGUUAGGCUACUGAAAAAGUCAGGUAAAAGUGAAAAUUAUGAUUUAAGAAACCUACUCAAGUAAAAGUUAAUGAAAAUAAAUGACUGAAAGUACAAGAUGCUUUCUGUUUUAAUGUAUUUUAGGGUGUAUGGGCCAGUGCAGUAUAAUGAAAAAAUAACACCUGUGGAUAAAACUUAACGUUACAUUGAAGUUGGCAUUACAUCAGGGUAACUGCUUUGUAAUGCACAGCAAUUUAAAGCCCAACAGACCACUAGCUACAAGUUAAUGUCAUUAAUAUAUCCUCGAAGAUUAACCUUACACAUGAAUAAUUAGCGUAGCUAAUGUUAGCUAGCUAACGAACUACAGUAUGUAUAACACAUUGUGCUUGCGGAGGUUAGAAGUUGUAGUAGUACAGUUAAAAAAAAACGGAGCAUCAAAUGAACUUGUUUCUUUAGAAAAACAAUUUUAACUCAUGUGUUACUUGUAAUGCAUUACUACCCACCCCAUUGUACUCACUAAAGUUAAUGUCUGAUCUCAGUUCACAGUGACAUUGCUAAAGAGAGGUCCAACAGGGCAGGAAACAUGAGCUGUCAGAUGACAAACCAGUUGUAAACAAAUCUUCAGCUCUACCAAACUUUUAAGAGAAAAUAGAGGCCAAUGGUUACAUUUACAUCCAUCCCUGUUUAUGUGACGGACUGGAUAAGGAGCUGUGCACUUAAAGGAUUGUUUGAGGUUCUCACAGGUGCUUACUUUCACUUUCAGGUGCUCACAUGUGGUUUUACCUGCAAACAAAGUGUUUUAGAUCAUUUGGAUAACUUUUAGCUUGUUUACAACCUGAUCUAACUAUCUGACUGCAGAUAUCACUGCUUUCUGAGACCUAGGGUAUGAUGAGUAUGACAACACAUCACAACCAAUAGAGGUGAUGGCCAGAGCUAUGACUAUGUGAGCAUGUUAGCAUGACAUCCAUAUUUCCAUCUACUCAACCACAACUGUUUAAUAACAAAAAUAAAAACUAACUUUCAAAAACAAACUGUAAAGUAUUAUCUUUCUCACAACUUGGUUCUCUUUACAAUAAGCAUAGUUUCAAAGUGCUGGUAGCAUGGCAGUAGACUUUUAGUCUCGUUAGUUAAUGUGCUAUUGUGGGCAAAACCACCAGCACAGUCCUUUAAAGCAGCGAUGCCACUUACAAUUGAUUUAAGUCAGACCUGUUUGAUGAAAUGGAACAGUUUUUAGAUUUUCUAAAUUUGUAUUUCAUUGCUUUCUAUAGUAUUCCCCUCAAGGCCUGUGAUUCCAAUAACUGAGCUGAUCUGCAUUUGUCUACACAAUGAUUGUUGACUUUGGUAGGAAUGCAACUACAGUACUACAGGACCAAGAAGAUCAAUGUUAUUCUGCCAUAUGAAUGGCUUUUCUUUACGCUUUGUCAUGAUGUACCUUCUAUUCUUCUGCUGUUGACGGUAGUUCCAGACAUCAUGAAUACUUUUAGGGUCCAUACAUUGUUUGUAAUUGUGUUUGGAAAGAUUAUUCUACAAGCAAUGUAGCAGCAGUGAGGUGUACUGUACAUUCUAAAUGUUAAAUGCAGUAAUGGUCAAGUUUUUACAGUGUAAACAGAUGUGUUCAUAGCUUAUGAAUGAAUGAAUGAAUGAAUGAAGAUUGGGAAAGUGCACUAAUACUAUUGUGUUGUGUGCUACAGUGUAUUAAUCCUGUUUUCUGUGUAGCAAUUUGUGUUAUAAAUAUUUUUUCAGUCUUAGAAUUGUAUCUCUCUAAACUGUGUAAGGAAAGAGAAUAAGUCCUCUCAGAAGAACUAAUAAUAACUCUGCCAUUCAGCUGUGUCUCACAUGUGAUGAGUGUGUGAUUUUGUUGAGGAUGAUUUGGCUAAGAUACAGUAAGUGUGUAGCAAUGAAUUACAGUUACCCGCUUCAGACUGAGUAAAAAGCAAGAAACGCUUGCGGUUCUCAGACAAACAUGGCUGAUUACCCACAGGAGUGGGAUUUCAAAGGCCUGAGCUGAGACCAUUACAGAAGCAAUUAAAGUGGGAUGCGCUGGAGGCCUGCAUGGGCUUUAGCUGCACUCCAGUGUUUCAGCCUAAUGAGGCCUAAUCUGGUGAGCUGGUCUAAUUAAAAGGGAGGGAGCUUUUCCUGUGGGCGCCAGGCAGCCAGCAGUUUGUGCACUCCGUAGCUGUCUGAGGGGAAAAUGCAAAGUACAAGUCAGAAUGUGCAUUGUUUACAACCCGAAAGUUUCAUAUUCUUCCAUUCUCUGUCGGUUCAAAUUAAAUCAUUUAACUUGACAUUUUUAACAUGCUUGCUGGUCUCUGAUCUUUCCAAGGUCUCUAAUCUGGUUUGUCAUGAUUGCCUUUUGGCAUGAAAUGUGUCUUUAAAUGAGCUUUUUUAUAUGUACAUUUGGCAUGGAAACUACAAGAUCAUCUCUUUCAGGCUAAUUUUAGGAUCACUCUUUUUCCAUAUUGUUGGUGUGGCUUUCUGCAGAGCAGAAUUAAAGGCUGAAAUGAAGCACGCAGGACGGGUAGAGGCACACAUGAGUAGCCAGCUGUGACUCUUCAAAUUAAUGGGCCCGGAGAACUCAGCAGCUCUUCUCACAGGGUUAGUCCAAUUAGCUUCACAUUCAGAGUAACAAUGGGGCUUUUAAUGGUAGUGUUUCAGAGUGCUCUUUUAUAAUGAUGGCGAGUGAACACAUUCCUCUGGUUUUUCAGUCAUG